GCCGACAGCCAAAGCAGCCUGCCGUCCCCACUACACACUCCUGUCCUGUAACAGCCAUGUUGUUGCGUCUUGCGAUUUUGCCGCUUGAAAAGCUCUCAUGAGCCUAUGCGCUUGUAUCGACGACGCUAACCAAAAAGAAUAUAAUAUAAUCCACACGAUGUCGCAUGCCCUCCGCGUCAUUCGAUUGCGGUGAUUUGGCGUUCAGCACGCGGAUCGACGACGAAACGAGCGAAACUUAUCGAUUUCCGGUGGAGGAUCAGACGACGGAUGCGUACACGUUUGAUCACCGGCGGUAACGCGUUCGUCGGCCAGACGCCAUACUGCACAUCCGGACCUAGUCUGUUUUCACCCGUUUCCUCGAAAUCGACUCCACGUCCUUGGUGAUUAUUAAAUACCAACGUUGCAAAAAUGAGUGAACCGAAGUCUAAAAUAAAUACUAAAAAAAACCCCACUUACCCACUGGGUACUUUACUUUGGGUAAAACUGCUCAACCGUGUUUGGUGGCCCGGUACAGUUGUAGAUCCCAUUACAAUACCCAAAGAAUUAUUAGAAUAUGUGAAAAAAGUUGAACCUAUUGCUUGUGUGGCUCAAUUUAAAGAAGAUAAAAAAUAUCAUAUUGUUGGAUUAUACGAAGAAGUAUUUCUAUACUCGUGUGAUCGCAAAAUUGAAUUUAUUGAAAAAGGGUUUUCAUUAUAUAAGAAUCAGAUGAAAGGUUUACCAGUGAUUGGUAAAUUUGACAUGAACAAUUUCAAAAAAGAUGUUAUCGCGAUGGAAGAACUCAUUGGAGGGGAUAAAUGUAUCUUUGAACACUUAAAAGAAGAAAAAGAAAAAUUUAAGUCCAUCGUCAAAGAAUUAUUCACUCCUACUAACACUAAAAAAUCAAAAAAAAAAGAAAUUGAAAGAAAAUCAUUACCAGCACCUAAAUUUACAAAGACUCCUAAUCAACCAAAACCUAAACCUGUUUCCAAACCAAGAACAACAACUCAAUCACGGGUUGAUAAGACUGCUUAUACUUGUCAUGCACAAGUUGGCUGUAACUACACAACUAAUCGCUAUGAUAACUUAAAAUGGCAUAUGGCAACCCAUAAAAAUGAUACAGACGUGGUUACGACUAAGAAAUCAUCAAAUAGUUCUACCUCAAAUAAACGUAAGAAUUUAAAGACUAAAUCGUUAGAGGUUAAAAAACAAAAACUGCAAGAAGAGUUAUUGAAAGAUUGGGACAAUGAUGGUGAGGAUGAAGAUGAAAUCAUUACAAGUGGAGUACAAUCGUCUAGUAAUGUUGCACAAUCUUCAAAUGAAGAAGUCUUAGAAACAAUGAUUGAUGUACCAUCAUCAAAUGAAGAAAUCGUACAAAUAAAGAGUGAAGUACUAUCAUCUAAUAAUGUUGCACAAUCUUCAAAUGCUGAAAUUAUACUAACAAAGACUGAUGUAGUAUCAUCUAGUAAUGUUGUACAAUCUUCAAAUGAAGAAGGUAUAUCAACAAGUAAAGUUUUAUCGAGCGAAAAUGAUACUAAACCAAUCAUAAGUAAAGAUAUAUCCAGAAAUAGUGAAGCUCAAGAAACUAGUACUUGUUCUCCUAAUAAAGUUUUUGAUUUUAAUGAAAAUGACAAUAAUACUCCUGUUGUAGAACUAAGACAAAGUAAAUCUGUUUAUAGUUCUACUGUGGAUGAUGAUAUAAGUGAAACAUUGCCAAAUGAAUUAGUUUUAGUUGAGAAAUCUACAGAAAAUGUUAUCGAUAAACCUCAUGAAAUCCAAUCUAAUGAGCCUGCAAAUGAAAUUGAUAAUCAAACAAAAAGUACUGAACUAUUAUUAGAAAAAACGGAUACUACUUUAGACCAUAUAAACAAUUUUGAAAAUUCAUUGAGUUGCAUUUCGAGUAAUAUAAAUAAUUCUGAUGCAAAUAUAUUGACUGAAGAUAACAACGUUGUUAUUGGUGAAUCUGAGUUAAGUGAAUGUGGAUCUCUUAACAAAACUGCUAAUAUAUAUAAAGAUAUUAAAAUAGAGACUAAUGACGUCGUAGGUAUUCCAUUAGUUGAAAAUAUGUCUACUGAAACGGAAGACAGUGCAAUUGUUGAGGAGAAUACUAAUCACAAGGAGAUAGUUUCAAAUGAUGAAGAAGUUAAUCAGUUGAAUGGCACCACAAUUGAUAAGAAUAUGCUUAUCGAGAACUUAUGUUCUGUAGGUAGUACAUCCAAUAAAAUAAAUUGUGAAGAUAAAAUCAUUAAAAAAGAGGAAUUCCCGGAAGAUAUCCCAAAAGAUUGGUUAGAAGGUCCUGAAUGGGAAAGUGCACGAUCUGCAGUUCAAGAAGCUUACUUUGUCAACUCUGAAGGAUCGAAGUAUAUGCCCCCCAUAGAUGAUGAUAAAGAUGAUGAACUGUUCAACGUUUUUGAACUAUUUGAAUCAAAGAAAUUCGAAUCGGAAAUCAAAGAUACGAAGUCGGAGUCGGGGUCAGAGUACGUCCUUGGCGACGAGUAUGAAGUAUUUUUACCCGUAGAUGUUGAAGGACCCUUUCCCACAAUGGAAGAAUUGAUGCCAGAUGUUAACCCUGUUACGGCGGCUUGUCAGAGAGCCGCGAUGGAAAAUUUAUUUUUACAUUUAAACAUUAUUGAUAAAUGGACAUAACAUUCUUCCCUCAGUAAUGUGUUUAACUAUACAAUAACUGUUUAAGAGCUAUUUUUCCCUCUAUCUUCUGUCUGAUUCCGUGUGUAUAAUAAUGUUAUGAUAUUUUAUUCUGCACCUAUAUAACGACAAGUAUUGUUCACCUCCCAUACAACUACGUCUAUAAUAAUAAGAAGCCACCAGGCAGUCACGGGAAAAGCCGGUUUUGCUUCUUGACAUGCCUAUAAGGAUUUUAUAUUCUUUAUUAAUUUUGGUCUGAUCUACAAAUUUGUUAUUAAUGUUUUUUGUCGAUUUCACUAGUGUUUUUUUGUUUUAAAAAUGUAUGCCAAAAUCACAUUUUUUUAUCAUUUUAGCCGUAUAUUUUGUACCUACUUCAAAUUAUUGAAAGACUAUUAAGAUGUCAGAACUUCUCCGACUCUCAACACGAGUUGUUCUCGGUGUUUCCCAUUUUGUAUCAUUGUAAUUUUUUUACGCUAAUUUAAUUACUUUUUUUUAUAUCACGAUUUCCAUAAUUUAUUAAAUAACUGCACAAGUAUAUAAUAUAAUAUAAUAUUUUUUUUAUUUCCGUAUUACGGCGUUGCUGGAAAAUAGAACCAAUUGUACCGUAGGUAAUUGUUUAAUUUUACAAAAAGCCAUCGAUU